AUGUCAACUCUUAAAAGAUGUAAUUUUACAAAUCUUUGCAAUGGGUAUAGGUGUGGUUGUUUAAGGUGCGUUCUACAAAGUGCGCCUGGCGAUGACGAUUUAUGUAAAGGAUGCGGACAUCACCAAAGCUAUCAUGAAGACGAUAAUAAUGUUCUACAGAGUUUAAAUAAUCUUCAAAAAUUUAAUGAAGUAUUAAUUUGCGCAUUAAAUAGCAAGUACAGUCAAUAUACGGUUCCUAUUAUUCCUGUCCAACAAAACUGUUUUGAGCCUCAAGUAACUCUUCAUUCGGACGAGACCAUGCAUCCAAAUACUCAGUCAAAUGACGCAAAUAUUCCUGUUCAACAUAUUGAACCUCAAAAUCAAUCUCAUAACGUGCUAAAUCAAUCUUCUGCACAUAUUUUUGAACAAAAUUUUAUUUCUCAAUCUUUUCCGGUCAGCUAUAUAUCAAAUCAAGUACUAAAUCAAAUGCUUUCUGAUCAAAAUUUUGAUCAAAGUCACGUAAAUCAUAAUAAUAUCGAAGUGUCAUCAAAUAACAUCGCAUCUUUUGCAAACGAUAAGUUUGACCUAAUUUGUUUAGUUGGUAGUUUAAAAAUACCAAAAAAUUGUGCAAGAUUGGAGAAAGUUGGUUUAAAAAAAGAAAUUUGCUUUCAUAAUGAUUCUAAUGGCCAGAUAAAGAGAGCGAUUGAAGAAAAACUAUCCCCCCAUUUAGAAAAUGUAGAUUGGAUGUUUUACAAAUGUAAAUCAUCAAAACUUGUACCUGCUGAUGAUGUAUCAAUUGUUGAAUGUCGUUUUAAUGAUUUAAAAAGGAUUUCAGGCAGCAGGAAAAAGUUGUAUAUAGGAACAAAAGAUGGGCCAAUUAUUAUGACUUAA